AUGGCUUCCAAUCUCCCUGAUUUCAUGACUGAUCCCAAUGCUGUCCUUAAUGACAAGGACCAUGAAUGGCGUUAUAACCGUAUUCCUGACUACAACAAGGUCAAUGCUGCUUAUGAAUUGGAAAAGACUUGCACCCACGCUGAAGGAUCCCUUGAAUGGCUUGUUUCUAACCUUGUCAAAAACUGGGAAAAGGAAAUGUCAUAUAAGCUCCGUGCUGACCAAAUCCGCACCAUUGAUGCCUCCAAAUACCGUUUCUCGGUAAACGGAAAGGAAUGGCACAAUGCUGAGGAGAUGCUCAAGCUUGGUACAUACAAUGCUCUCAUCGGUGAUACUGAGCUCUACAAGGCCAGUGAAAUGGACUUUAGCGAAUCUCACAAGCUCUUUAAGAGAGCUCUUCGUACCUUUUCUUGGGAAGUCCUUCAAGUCUACAGUGGGCCCCCUGUCGUUGCUUUCAAAUGGGCUCAUUGGGGUACCAUGACAGGCGAUUUGUCUGUCAAGGUUGGUAAUGGCCAAAAGUUGGAGGCUCACGCUACCAAUGAAGUUGUCAAGAUUUAUGGUGUUACCGUUGCCAAGGUCAAUGAAAAGUUUGAGAUUGAGCAACUCGAAACCUUUUACGAUCCUCAAGACAUGAUGAGACAAAUGUCAAAGAACAGAAAAGAUGGUUCUGUUAAUCCCGAGGAAAUGGUUGCUUCUGGAAAGUGCCCUUUCAACCCCAAAUAA